GCUCGAACUGCCGGCCCGAGGCCCGUAGUCUAGUUCUGUAGGACCCUCAUCGUCUGGUAGAGGCAAAUCGGAUGGGCGUCAGGAUGCGUCAGAGGAGUCAUGAGGGAUUCAAGGCGCGUAGCAGCUUACAUCGUGAUGCACCUCCCCUAUAGUCGCUGUCGCGUCGCCCACCUCGAAUGUACUCGUCGUGCCCGUGCACGCUGCUGCCGCCUCUGGAGCGGUCGUACUCGUUGUAGCGACUGCCGCUCGUGUGGCUUUCCGACAUUGCCGCUUGCUUCAGUGAUCCGGAUGCUCAAACCGCUUGCGCAGCCCCCAAUUGAUAGCCGAAGUUGGUGGAGGGAAGCCAAGCCACUGUACAUGGAGUGUAAUGUGCAUCCCAUUGCUCGUUCCCUGUAGCACGAAUAAACAAAUAUUUCGAGCGGCGCGCCUGCGGCCUGUGGCGCGUGGAAGCUGUGGGCUCUACGAAAUUCAAAUGAAUCGACUCGAAGAAUGACUGACCAACCUUAGUCAGGGUGCACAAGGCA